UACUGGCUUUUCUCAUCCAGUGGCCCAAAGGAUCCUGAAGGCAAAGGACCACACGCUGUCGGUGGGAGGGAAGAAGUACCCGCUGGAAGUGACGGCUCACGUCGUGGAGCCCGGCCCCGAUGAGAUCUUCAUAGGUGCUUGCGUGAUAGUUGACUAUGGCAAGCUUUCUGCUGGCAAAACCCUCCUGAGGAACUUGCAUAAAAGUUACAGCAAUGUGCAGUUAAACUUUGACUCCAAGAACACCCACUGCAUCGUCAAGGGACCAUUCACAGAGCUUCAGGCCUUCAUCAGAGACUUGCUGGGCAGCCUGAACCUCAGGAACCAAGCCACUGGAGAGAUCCUCUUGCCAGGUUCCAACCAUGAGGCCAAAGACACCAGAACACACGACCACCAGGAAGUGCCUGACACCGUUGAGUCAGCCCAAGAGACGACAAACCUGCCAAAUUUGGACCAGGUGCAUGAAAAGGCAGCUAAAGUCCCAUCACCUCGGGAGCCGGUGGAUGGAGAAGCUGUGGAACAGCUGGAGGACUUUUCCCUGGUGAUGGACUUGGACAUUUACCUGUACAUGCAGAGGUUCUGUGCUGCCGAGUACCAAGGGGUGCUGCGCCAGCAUCAUGUGGAUGUGGUGGACAUUAGCAGCGAUGGCAUCGCCAUACUGUACCUCGAACCAUCUGCGGGUACGUCAGGGGACCUGGAGGCCUUGCGAGAGGCCCGCCUGGCCCUGCAGCAGCUCUACCAGCAGCUGGAGGUGAGCUUGCGCAAGGAGAAGAUCACCAAGGGAGGAGUGUGUACGGGCAGCCAGGCUCUCCGGGCUCUGCUGCAGGAGCUGCAGGAGCUGUAUCCCCAGUUGCUCUGCCACGAGGAUGAGAAGCAGCUUUACCUGAUCGGGAACCUCGUUGAUGUGUCCCAGGCCAAGCAGUUCCUUCAGGGCUCCAGCACCAGGAGGGGUGCACAUGCAGUUGGUGGCUCCGUGCCCUCACACCCCACGACCCCUGGUCCCACGGGGGCUGCGCUGCAGAAGCCCAAGGCGCCCGUGGACACCCCGGGGCUCAACCCAGUCAGGCCAGAGCCGAGAGCUGAGCUCAAGCUGGCUGCCAACUUCAGCUCCUUGAGGGUUGACGGGGCUCGGGCUCGGGACUCGCCACCAGUGGGACAGGCACAGCUUUUUGGAAAGCACUUGUGCGAGAGCGAUGCUCUUGGUCCAGCUGACCCAGCAGCACCCACCCCGCAGCACCAGCCCCGUGUUGGUACCACAGAUGUGGGUGUAGAUGUAGAGUCUCAGCAGAAGGGCCCCGAAGAAUGGGAUCAGGUGAGAGGAGGUGCCAGGCUCACACGACACAAGGCUCUGUCUUCUCUUGGGGACAAAGAAAACAGCACUUUGCGGCACCCUGGGGACUCCAAAGGCUCAAGUCCCACCAAGCACCACCCACUCACUACCACGUCUCGUACCUUUGCCACGACAAAGACCUCUUCGGAUUUAGAGUCUAAACCCUCUGAACCCAGGCCUCUGCUGCGACGUUCCAGCAGCUUCUCCCUGCCAAGGCCAAAGGAUGGGGAGACGUCCCCGGUGGCGGGCGGCGGGGUGAGUGAGGAGAUGAGCCUGGACUCCCUGCAGUGGUCCUACCUGAGGGACGUUUGUGGCUCCGCCGUGGCCGAGCUGUGCGGGGCCGGGGCGGUGCGGGUCUCGGAGCGUCGCAGCGGGGACUGCACGGUGCUGACGCUGCGGGCGACCGACCCCAGCAAGCUUCGGCAGGCCAAGUGGAAGGUGGAAGCUCUUGUACAGAAAUGUCCGGACCUCGUGUGCCAGAGCGUGAGCUACGCCGAGCUGGCCAUGGAGGGCCCGGAUGACGGUGCCCUGAGUGAACUGUGCAGCCUGGUGCGAGGGAACUGCCCCCAGGUUGGGCUGAGCAAAGACAAGCACAGGCUGUAUCUUGCCUGCCCCAAGGAGGUGCUGCCGGCGGUGGCUGAGGCCUUCCACACCUUUUCCUCCAGGAGACUCCGUGGAAUGAAGCCUUCCUCCUUGAACCCAGCGCCGGAGAGUGCAGGGCUCUUGGGGUCCAGCCCUUCCAGCAGAAGCCGGGACGCAGCGCUGGGUUCAGCCCUUCCCGACGGCCUGGAGCCCCUGCACCUGGACAUUAGUGACAGAGCAGAGCCCACAGAGCUGCUCAGGGCUUCCCGGCUGCCAGAGCUUGAGGACAAGAGGUCCCCCAGUCCUUGGAGGUUCCAGCAGGCACUGGGUCAGGAGGAGGCCGGUGACCAUGUUGAUCCUGGGGCUGUGCAAGGAGGAAGCAGCCUUCUGAGCCCUAGCGUGGUGGAUAAGCCGAGUCCUGCUGGCCUGAGGGUGUCCCAGGAACAGAUGAAGACCAAACUCUCUGCAGGGGAGGCUGACCUGGCACGGCUGAAGCAGGUUUUGCCAGACAGAUUCCAGUUUGCAAGAGACAAGAGCCGAGGAGGCCACACUGAAGCCAUGGGUCAGCGGCGCUCCCCCCUUCCCAUGGCAGAUGGAGCCCCUCGCUCCCUCCCCACAUGGCCAUACCGGGCUGUGGCUACUGAGCCACCCGUGGCCACAGCCGAACCAUCACCGGCAGCCGAGCCGGGGGGCCAGGAACAGGCCUUGCUCCCCCCAGGCAGGAGCGAUGUGCAGGAGGAGCCUGACCCCUCCUCAUGGCAGAGGGGCCCCAGCCUUGGACAGGAAAGCGGCCAGGCCCCUCUGGGCCGGUGUGACGCUUGCCAGGGCUCAGGUGUGACCUGCCAGGCCCCCUGCGGUCACGCUUUGUGCAGGACGUGUUUCGCAGUGGAUGGCACGCGGCUGGCUUGCUGCAGCUCCUCCUCGGUUGCCCCGAGCCGCAAGAUCUCGGGGACGUUCAAGAUCUCCUUCAUGUCUCAGAACCUGCCUGGCUACUAUCGCCACCCGACGCUCCAGGUUGCCUACACCAUCCCUGAUGGCGUGCAAGGGGUUGGCGACCCCCGCCCAGGACAGCCUUACAAAGGGGGGACUUUCUGUGCCUUCCUGCCUGACAACGCGGAAGGGCAGAAGACAGCAGUGCUGCUGAAGAAGGCAUUUGAGCAGGGGCUGACGUUCCAGAUCAAGUCCUUUAAUGGAGAGGAGAGAGUGACAUGGGGCCUUAUCCCACACAAAACCUCCUGGGAUGGAGGCAAAGCCAGGAACGGUUAUCCGGACGCCCAGUAUCUCCGCGAGGUUUGCACGGUGCUGAAGAAACUGGGCAUCGCCUGAGACUCCCUGCCUGAGCAGCCACAGCCCGUGCCUUCACUUCUCCUUCCUUCCCAGCUGGUAAAAAAAAAACGCAGCUUAACACAGACAGCUCAGCAAAAAGGAGGUGUUUGUCCAAGGAGCCUUUGUGUCCCCAGAGGCAGCCGGAAACCUGCACGUUAAUGACAGCAGCACCCCUGUCCCUGCCCCCCGAAAGCCUCAGCGUGGACCAGAGCUCCCCUGGAACUCCAGCCCCUCCUGGAUGCUUGUCCUCACCAGGCAGCUCGUUCCCAUGCCAGCUCCAGGCUGAGCCCUGGCUUUCAGCAGCAUCACCCCAACCUGGGCAGGAGCCCAGCCCCAUCUUCUGGAAGUCUCUUCCCCCUCUGGCCCCUACAGGCAGGUUCCAGCUCAGCUGCCACCAGAGCCUGUGCUGGGACCAGGCUGUCAUUAGUGUCAGCUGCUCACCCAGACAUUUCCACCCCGGAGCCAGCAGCCCCAGGCUCUAGGUCCUCCCCAGCACCUGCUCCAGGGGCCGCAGGCGACCGGGUGCUCUCCUGGGGGGGCACAAGCAGCUUCCAGCGCCGAGGGCAGCUGCCUCCCACCAGAACACGCAGGCAGGGACAGGCAUUAAUGAAGCAGCACAAAUAAACGUGAUUUAUUCCCCCCA